AUGGAUUUCUCCUGGCUUCCAGGCCGUGCUGAAUCCCUGAACUCUGGCCAUGUCAUUUCUUUGCUGGCUGGCGUAAUUAUCGUCUGGUAUGUGACAUCUGCCAUCUAUGUCUGGUAUCCCCUCCGUCAUAUCCCAGGGCCGUUCCUCGCUUCCUUCUCCCACCUAUGGCUGGCCACCCAGCAUUUCCGGGGCGAGGCCUACCCAGCUCUCCGUGGACUGGCAAAGUACGGCUCUGUAGUGCGUAUCGGGCCCAACAGAGUCCUGACGGACGACCCUGACGCCCUGCGACGUAUCGCCGGACUAAACAGUGGUUACACGCGGCAUCGGUCCUACAAGGACGGCACCCGAUUUCACCGCGAGGUGGACUCCAUGCUUGGCUUGCUCGACGAGAAGGCCCACAGUCGCAUCAAAGCCAAGACAGCAGCGGGCUACAGCGGGCGGGACAACCCCGAGUUCGAGAAGACGGUUGAUCGAGAGGUUGAGCGUCUCCUCCUUCUCAUUCGACACAAGAUGCUGUCGACGGAGCAAGAGACACGCCCGGUAGAUUUUCAGGCCCUAGCUCGAUUCUUUGCACUCGACGCGCUGUCCAGCUUGGCUUUUGGCCGUCCUUUUGGCCACUUGGACAACGGCGAGGAUCUAUAUGGCUACGUCGGCGCCGUCGCCCGAGCUUUGCGGGUCCUUUGGCUUAUUCGGUCGCUGCCUGUCCUGAGGGCUAUGACAUUUUCGGACAUCACCUUUCAAUAUUUUGGACCAAAACCCACAGACAAGAGUGGACCCGGUCGAUUAAUGGGCGUCAAUCACGACAUCAUCGAGGCGCGAUGGAAUGAGCCGGACGCCAAGGGGAGAAACGACAUGCUCGGCCUUUUUAUGCGCAACGGCCUGUCCAAAGAAGAGUGCGAGGCCGAAACCAUGACACAUAUUGUCGCUGGUUCUGACACAACAGCCAUGUACGGUGUCAUGCUGUAUAUAGUGUCUUCGCCGCCUGUUUACCGUCGACUUAAGGGGGAAAUUCAGAAAGCUAUCAACGACGGAGCAGUCUCACAGCCCAUCACACUUCAGGAAGCAAAGCAGCUCCCAUAUUUACAGGCCGUGGUCCUGGAAGGGUUUCGUAUGAAGAAUCAGCAGACAUAUGGUCACUUCAAGACUGCCCCAGCAUCUGGUGAUAAACUUAAUGGAGUCUUCAUACCGCCGGGCACGCCCAUCGGACACAACUCAGUCGCUCUGGCUCGUAAAGCUGCCAUUUUCGGUAGCGACCCUGAUACCUUCCGGCCGGAGCGCUUCCUCGACAUCCCAGAAGAGAAGGGCGCCGAGAUGAACAGAGCGUUGAGCAUUCUGUUUGGCGGCGGCCGAUGGCAAUGCGCCGGCAAGCCGCUUGCGUUCCUGAUGAUCAACAAGGUCGUGUUUGAGUUGAUGAGAAACUUUGAUUUCCAGUUCGUGCAUCCGGAAAAGACCUGGGGCCAAAAGAGCAACAUGGCACACCUGGGUGACAAUGGAUCUUUCAGGGUGACAGAAGCCCCGAAUAUCUGA